CCUGCCAAAUAGUGCUCCCUAACAACAGACAAAGCUUGACAGUGUGGAUUCACCUGAAGACGCUUAAAUAAAAGCGUUUCUCAUUCCUUCCUUCAAUGCAGGGUCCGGACCGGCUCUCCAGGUGCAGAGAGUAGGCUGAGAGCGCAGACAUGUCGGGUCGCUCUGCUGCAGAGAUGGACGACUCGCAGGAGCUGCCGGCAAAGAAAGCCAAGCUGGAGAUAGAUGGAGGCCUGGAGAAAGAGCCGAGUAAUCUGGGGGAGGACGAGAGUCCAGCUGCUGUUUUAGGUCCAUCAGAGCAGGGAAACUCUUACUCUGCUCUGUCCACUGCUCAGCUUGAUCCAGGUGAUCAGGAGCAGUCAGACAUAGACAGAGGAGCAGCGCCUCAGGCCUGCGGCGACUCACUGAACUCGUAUUCUGACACAACAGUCACAUCUGAAUACACCCAACAGGUUUAUCAAGGAAGCAACCCGGCUGUGACGUCGUACACCAGCCAGGUGGCCUUCCCUCCGCUGGCCCAGUCCACUGUGUACUCAGCCUUUCCUCAGACAGGCCAGACCUACGGCCUCCCGCCCUUCGGUGCUAUGUGGCCAGGCAUAAAAACAGAGACAGGGCUGCCUGAGGCGCCCUCUGGUGGCCAGCCUGGGUUUCUCAGCUUCAGCACCACAUAUACCUCAACCCCGCCAGGCCAGCUGCACUACUCAUACCCCAGCCAAGGCUCGAGCUUCACAACAUCUAGUGUGUACUCCAACAUCCCCACAGCUACAGCCACGACCACAGCCUCCACCACUGUGACCCACCAGGAGUUCAGUAGCUACAACUCUCUGGGCCAGAGUCAGUUCUCCCAGUACUACGCUCUGCCCCCCAGCUACGUUCCUGCUGGUCUCCCCAGCAGUGACGAACAGGGAGCUGGUGUGGGCGUGGCCGGAUACUCAGCUGUGAAGUCGGAGGAGGCGGCUUCAGCCGGACUUCCUCCCAGAGAUGCGUCCCCACCUGAGAACCUCCCAGCAGGUGCAGCUCUUCCCUCCAGUGUGGCGCUCCCUGCUGGAGCCAGAGAGCAGGAUGAGGUGGGACGCAGGAACUCUGUUGGUAAAGCCAAAGGGAAGGCCAAGAAGUCUGACAACUCCCCCCCUGCUGACACAGACCUGGAGCGUAUUUUCCUGUGGGAUCUGGACGAGACCAUCAUCAUAUUCCACUCUCUUCUCACCGGCUCCUAUGCUCAGAAGUUUGGGAAGGACCCGGCGACGGUGCUGAACCUGGGCUUACAGAUGGAGGAGCUGAUCUUUGAGCUGGCAGACAAUCACCUCUUCUUCAAUGACCUGGAGGAAUGUGAUCAGGUCCAUGUUGAGGACGUGGCCUCUGAUGAUAAUGGACAGGACCUUAGUAACUACAACUUCCUGGCCGAUGGCUUUAAUGGCCCCAGUGGUGGGGGAGGGGCGUCAGGAGCCACAACAGGGGUCCAGGGGGGGGUCGAGUGGAUGCGCAAACUGGCGUUCCGCUACCGUCGACUAAAAGUGAUCUACAACAACUACAAAGGAAACGUCGGAAGCCUGUUGAAUCCUAUGAAGAGGGAGCUGCUCGUUCGGCUUCAGUCUGAGAUCGAGAACGUCACAGACGCCUGGCUCAGCACCGCGCUCAAGUCUCUGCUGCUCAUCCAGUCCAGAGGGAAGUGUAUGAACAUCCUGGUCACCACCACUCAGCUGGUUCCGGCUCUGGCCAAAGUUCUGCUGUACGGUCUGGGAGACGUCUUCCCCAUCGAGAACAUCUACAGCGCCACCAAAAUAGGUAAAGAGAGCUGCUUUGAGAGGAUCAUCUCUCGCUUUGGGAAGAAAGUCACGUACGUGGUGAUCGGUGACGGUCGAGACGAGGAGUUUGCAGCUAAACAGCACAACAUGCCUUUCUGGCGGAUCUCCACUCACGGCGACCUCGUGUCGCUGCAUCAGGCGCUGGAGCUGGACUUCUUGUAAAGGAGCGGCGGCGCUGACUGUCGCACACUAAAGGGAAGACGUGGUGGUCGUGGUCGUGGUCGUGGUCGUGGUGCUGUUGGCUGGUGGAGAGACACUGUGAGAAAAUCCUCCACAAUCCAACAACAACACUCGCAUAUUAGAAAGAUGAUGUUCCUCCAGACGACUGAAGACUGUGACGUGUGGAGGGAAAGACGAGAGGAGACUUUGGGUCGGAGCUGACUGUGAGGAACAGACUGGACGCACAGCGCUCCCCCCUCUACGGCAGCUAACCCCCCACGGCUCAAACUGGCACUGAUGGACACAGAAGGGAAGACAUACUUUUUUUUUGGUCUUUAUCUCAUUUUCUUCUAAUUAUCAAAAUCUCCUGCAGUGAAAACUCAGCUUCUAUUUUUCUAUUUGUUUGUGGAAGUAAAAACCAAAGGGCCGCUGUUGUUUCUCUUUUCUCUUUUAAUUGGUCUCUGUAGUAGAAGUGACAGAUUAAUAUCACAGCUGAUUUGUUUAAAACUCACUCAUUCAAAGACUAAAAAUCAUCGUCAGAUAAUCCUGAUUGAACUUUAGUUUAACGUCCUGUAACGUUCACUGUUCAACACCACCUGCUACAUGGGAUUUAAAAGAAAGAAAAAGGGGGAACUUGAUCAUGAAAGUUUAGAGAUCAAGAGGCUCGGCGUGUUUCUGAUCCACGUCUGAAGCUUCAGUGUUUAAGUCGACAACAUCAGUGUUUUUUAUCAUAGAGCUAAAAAUAUGAUUCAGCUCGUUUAGAACAACAUUUCAUCCAUUUCUCUUCACGUGGCAGCGACGUGACAAAUGUCUGUUGAUACAGUCCAGAGUCAAAAUGGUUGUUUAACCAAAAAGGAAGUUGCAGACGUUUGUUUCCAAAGACGUUUUCUCGACAUGUUCUCUGUUGUUUUUGAGUUCAGUUUUACUUCACGUCAUUGGUUUUAUUAGUUCAUGAAAACUGUGGCUGCAACUAACAAUUCUCUUCAUUAUCAAUUAAUCUGCUAAUUAUUUUCUCAUCAGUUCGAUAAAUCAUUCAGGCAUCAUCAGAGCUGCAACAAAAAAUCAGCAACUACUUUGAUCAGUUUUUCAAGCAAAAAUAAUUUUCUUUUAAUUACUUGAUCUAGAAAACAAUCAGCAGAUAUGAUAAGUAGUUGCAGACAAUUUUCUGUCAGAGGACGAAGAAAAACAGCAAAUAUUCAUGUUUAAAAUGUCAGAACAAAUACAUUAUUAUUUUAAAAUGAUUAGUCGAUUAUCAGAAUAUUUGCCAUUUAAUUAAUUCAUAAUCACUUUGUCUUUUUGUCACACGACGACCCUCGACCUCGUUGAGUCGUGUCAGAGAAAUAAAACAGGAUGUUGAUGACUGUGCAAUACAUUUACAUUUCUACUUUGCUCAUUAACUGUAUUUCAAAGGGGAUUUUUUAAAAUUAGCUUGUUGUCGACAGUGAGGGGGGGGGUCGACUGUCCCGGGUCUGUAUGAGAUUACGACUGAACAACACUGAGCCUGAAGAUUUAUUUCCACUCAUGCAGCUCGACCGUUACGAAUGUGUAUUUGUGUGUUUGUGUCUCUGUAUAUUUAUAUUGUGCCUUUAACCAUCAGCUGUUUGCAUCAUAAUCUCAAAGGGAAACAUGUAAAAGUUUGUGUUUGAUUCAUUUAUUUCUCCUUUUGUUUUAUUAUCCAAAGUGUUAUCUUACUUUUUUAACCCUUUGUGUUUUUUUAAAGAGACUUUCUGAUGUGACUGUCUGUCUGCACUGUGUUUAAAGGUCUCAGAAAAAA